GCCGUGGUUGUACUUUUUUGCUGUUAAAAGAGCUAGUAGAUUUAAGCUCCUCUUUUAGUCUCUACCACCAUUCUCAUUCACUUUUCACUUUCAAAUCAAGUCUCUUCUUCUUCUUCUUCUUCAACAAAUGGCGUUUUUCCGUUUCUCUCUUCUUUUCACUCUCUUCUUUUCCUCCAUUCUCUUAUUCAAUCACUACGUCAAAUGCGACAACGAUGAGGAAGAUGUGCUUUUUCAGGGAGUCAACAAGUACCGUGCAUCAUUAAACUUGACUUCUCUAACAAAGAAUGACAAUGCUAAUUGUCUUGCUGAAGAAUUAGCUGACCAGUUCAAGAGUCAACCUUGUACAAAUACCACAGGUGCCAACACAGUGCCAGGUACUGAACCUAAUUUCUCCAACUUUCCAGACCUUUUAACGAAAUGCCACUUAAAUAUUUCUGACACAAGGGAUGGAAUGAUAAUGCCUGUUUGUGUUCCUGGCCUUGUUCCGAGCAUUGUCCUCUCUAAUUUCACACAAUCUCUCUACUCACAAAGUCUCAAUGACUCAAAGUAUACUGGAAUUGGUAUUGGUUCAGAAGAUAAUUGGAUCGUUGCUAUACUGACUACAAACACUCCUGGCGGAAGCUUUGUUACCGGGACUUCUAAUGGUGCCAAUUUUAUCAGCAAAAUUGGACUGGUUUUCUCCUCAAUCCUGUCGUUAGCUGUUAGCAUUACCCUGUUUUGAGCAACAGGAUACUGUUUGCUAUUCUCAUUUUAUUCAGGACAGUCAGUAAUGCUACGAUAUCGGUAUGGGAGAAGUGCAAAUAAUGAAUGCUAUUGAUUUUCAGUAAAGCAUAGAGAGACUGUAGAAUAAUUGUUGCUUUGAUAUUGGCAACUGUAUGUGAAAUGCCUGAAAAGAAGAAUAGGAGUAUAGGACUACAGGAGGAAAUAGAGUUUUUUUCACCAGGGUUGUUAUCUUACUGUUAUGGCUAUCAUAAACAAAAUACUUUGUUUCACUGCUUUUAAUUUUCUUAAUUAGAACAGGAGCCAAUAAAUUGUUCCAUUGAUGGCAACUCAAGAGUAUUUUAAUUUUAAAUUUGAAACUCUAUUGCUUAUUUGA